GCUGAUCUGCGACGAGAAGAAGACCGAUUCUAUAUCGUUCCGGAACCGGACUGCUGCUCUGCGGCGAGAAGGAGAUAAAGCUAACUUGGAUCCUACGCUGACCUACUCCACUCCUGCCAAGAAUCACAAGCCCAUAAAAGGAGGGACGGGCCCAACGCGACGCGAGAGUUCAGCUAUCCUUUCGUCCAAACACACAAUUCACUCGUGGGGAUUGCGAACGAACCCUCGCCGCUCCGAUCGACGCCGGCCGGCCGGCCCUACGAGUUCGUCCGUUCCACCGGUACUCGCUGGGUCUUUUCCCUCUCUAUUCUCUCUCUAUCUAACCCAGUCUCCGCCAGUCACGCGUGGCCAUCCUCAGCCGCUUUUACCUCUCACCGGCGACGAUCCACCUGGUCACCCCCAAUUUCACUCUUCUCCAUUCGCUCGUUCUACCAGCCACCGGGGGAUACGAUUUACAUCCAAGGCAUAAGUUGGGUUAGGAUUGCCGAUCUGAUUCGGACUCUGUUUCCAAGGGGUCCGACCUGAACGCUACCUCGUUGCCUCUCCUAUAUUAUUAUUGUCUCGCACGCACCGUUUCUCAAUUGUUCAAUCGCAUCAAUGGGAUCUGCCAUCUCCUACGCUGCUGUUGCCGCCUCUUCGGUCAUCGCCGCCGCAGCUGUCCUGAAGGGGCAGGGCUACUCUCAUGAAACGCCGUUGGAUGAGUACGAGCGCACGCAUCCGCAUUGUGUUGUGCACCGCGACCGCAUGCCAACCAAAGAAGACCACGACGCCUUAAUGGCUCGGCCCCAUGCCCACAACGCCCUCCACCACUACAAUUCCAUCAAUCCGGGUGCAGAGUAUGCUGUUGUCAAGUCUCUGAAAUCUUCAAUCGUUGGUUUCAGAGAUAAGAUCUGGGUCCAUGUCAACUUUCUCGCGCGCAGGAAGGGUGCUCCACCCGAAACCCCCGAACAGCGUUUCUUCGCUGAGAUACAGUACGACUGCCUUAAUACACCUUCUGUCGAAACGUGCCUCAUACUAGAAAACCCGCUGAAGCGCUUCAAAAAGGAGUGUUCCAUUUGCGACGGCAGCUAUGGGAUUUAUCACCCUAGUGAUGGUGAAUUCACAUGUGGAAAGAAGCAUCAGAAAAAGGAGUUUUUCAGGUCGAGGAACAUAGUUGAGUGGCGAUUUGUUAACUUGCAGCUAGUAGAUAGCUAGCUGCCGUUUUGUUUCUCAGUAUCUAUUAACUGAUGUAGGAUUCUCAAGAUGAGUGCUUAUCAAUGUUUGGGAUUACUUGACUGUAGUAUAGUUCUGUGAGGCACCGCCAAACUGAGUGCUUGAGGUGUUUACCCAAGGCUGUACUUGUUAGUAUGGAAGAGAGACAAGUAUAAAAUAAUCCAACGGGCGGUAGCCUUGGACAUC